CUCUGACAGGUGAUGCACCUCUCUGACCCAAGCAUGAGACCGUGAUUAUUACUAAGUGUGUGUUAGAUGCUCCACGUGCAGCACUAAGCAUAGCACCUGUCUGUCCCAAGCCCCCAGUAAAUUCUAGUUGCCAUUAUAAUUAAGUACCUGCCCUGCUUUUCAAAGCCAAUUUUGACAGUUCAAAUUUGUAGGAAAAGGCUAUUGACUCUGAAGUUGAUACUUUCUUGCUUCUAAAAAGGCCUAUAAAUGUAUCUAUAUCUGUUAACUCAACUUGGAGAUGGUGGCAAUUUGGCCUGUCUUCAGAAAUGUUUAUUUGUAGUUAUAAACGCCAUCACUCAAGUUAACAUGCAUCACCACUGAUGCGUCUUAUGUCGAUUCUCAAGACCCGUUAUAUGCAUGUGUGAAACUGAAACUCAGAAAAAGCAGAACUUAGGCAUUCUUGCCAAAAGGAAGUGAACUGGAAGGAAGAGGAGAGAGUCUUUGUGGAGAAAAUUGUCCUAUCUCUUCACCAGUGUCAGAAUGUGGAAAUGUUUACAAAAUGCUCAUUAAAAGAAAAAGGGAUCGCAAGAUAGAAACAAAAUCUGGUGCACAAGUUUACACUGGGGAGAUAAGAAAGGCUAGGCCCCUACAGGGGAUUUUGUUAUCCAAUUAUUGCAACCUGACUUUCGCCGAGGGGAAGAGUGGUCGGGGGAGGGGGAGAGAGGGGAAGAGUUUCCAAACUUGUCUCCAGUGACACGAGACAUUUACGCUCGCUCGGCAAGAUAAAACUGCCACUUAGAGCCCAGGAGAGCUAGACCUUCCUGGGUUGCUCCGGGGCCUUGAGCGGAGUCAUGGGUUCUCCGGUGCUCGGGCUGUGCGCUGUCUUCUGCCUGGUGGCUCACUCCGUGGCUGGGAGCCCCAUCAUGGGCCUGGAGCAGUCGCCUCUGGAGGAAGACAUGCCCCUCUUCGAGGAUGUCUUCUCGGAGCAAGACGGUGUGGACUUUAACACGCUGCUCCAGAGCAUGAAGGAUGAGUUUCUCAAGACGCUGAACCUGUCCGACAUUCCUACGCAGGAGUCCGCCAAGGUCGACCCGCCUGAGUACAUGCUGGAACUUUACAACAAGUUCGCCACGGAUCGCACCUCCAUGCCCUCUGCCAACAUCAUCAGGAGUUUCAAGAAUGAAGAUCUGUUCUCUCAACCAGCCAGUUUUAAUGGACUCCGAAAAUACCCUCUUCUCUUCAAUGUGUCCAUCCCUCACCAUGAAGAAGUCAUCAUGGCUGAACUCAGGUUGUACACACUGGUGCAAAGAGAUCGCCUGAUAUACGAUGGAGUGGACCGGAAAAUUACCAUUUUUGAAGUUCUAGAUAGCGAAGGAGACAGCGAAGGAGACAACAACGGGGAAAGAAGCCUGCUGGUUUUAGUGUCAGGGGAGAUCUAUGGAACCAACAGUGAGUGGGAGACUUUUGAUGUCACGGAUGCCAUCAGACGUUGGCAGAAGUCAAGUUCAUCGACCCACCAGCUGGAGGUCCACAUUGAGAGCAGGCACAAUGAAGCUGAGGACAUCAGUAGGGGACAAUUGGAGAUAGACACCAGUGCCCAGAAUAAGCAUGACCCUCUGCUUGUUGUGUUUUCUGAUGACCAAAGCAGUGACAAGGAGCGGAAGGAGGAACUGAAUGAAAUGAUUGCCCAUGAGCAGCUUCUCGAGCUGGACAGCGUGGAUGGCUUUUCCAGGGGGCCUGGGGAAGAGGCAUUGCUGCAGAUGAGGUCGAACAUCAUCUACGACUCCACUGCUCGAAUCCGGAGGAACGCCAAAGGCAACUACUGCAAGAGGACCCCGCUCUACAUCGACUUCAAAGAGAUUGGCUGGGACUCCUGGAUCAUUGCUCCUCCCGGGUAUGAAGCCUAUGAAUGCCGCGGUGUUUGUAACUACCCCCUGGCAGAGCACCUCACACCUACAAAACACGCAAUUAUCCAGGCCUUGGUUCACCUCAAGAACUCCCAGAAGGCUUCCAAAGCUUGCUGUGUGCCCACAAAGCUCGAGCCCAUCUCCAUCCUCUAUUUAGACAAAGGCGUUGUCACCUACAAGUUCAAAUAUGAAGGCAUGGCCGUCUCCGAAUGUGGCUGUAGAUAGAAGAGGAGGGUUGUGCCUUAUUUAAUAACUGUAAAUGUGUAUAUUUGGUGUUCUAUUUAAUGAGACUAUUUAAUGAGGGUGUACAGAUAACAGAGGCUCGUUGCCUUAGGAAAUGGACAGGUCGGUUUGUUGUGGGAAAUGCAUAUUUUGUGUUAGUCUAGUCCCUUCCAUCCAUUUUUCUUUGGACUUGCCAUUUCCUGGGAAUGCCUUAGCUAAAGACAAAUGGCAAGUCCACAUGACUUAUCCUCCACGCCAACUUGGAAACAGUGACCCCUAAGCAAAUUUCAGUGUCAAAAGACACAUAUUUGUGUUGCCUAUCUUAGCACAUACAUGAGUUCAUGAACAUAUUUUGCUUCUAAAUAGGGGCAGGAUAUACUCACACUUAUGACUCACUCAACUGUGUAUAUAUUAAAGGUCACUGGGAUGGGCUCAGUCAUCUCUUUUCUGAGUAGGAUUUAUGUCAAAGCCGUUUGCAGCAGGAACUUAACCAUCCUCAGAGGUAUUGCAUUUCCUAACGACUUACUGGGAAUGUAAGUGUCGCUUUUGUUAGACGAGGUUCUGGUGGUGCCCCAAGCUGCAGGCCUGGGGAGGAGGCUGCAUGCUAGAUACAGGAAGCAAGUGGCUUCAGGAGCAGUGACCUCAGAGGUACACUAGAAAACAGUGAUCCUCCAGGGACCUGUGUGCAAGAGAGAACAGGGCCUGGUCAAGAAAGGAAGUGAGGGGGGGCUUCAGGAUGAAAUCUGUUCCUGGGAGAACCAGAGGCACGGCCCUGAGGGUCGGCCUUUUUUUUUUUUUUUUUUUUGCUGCAGAGGGUAUAGGAGGUGGGAGGGAGUUCGAAGGGUAGAAGGGGAAAAGAUGCAUGUGGAUGUUAUUUACAGAUGUAUUGGUAAAAUCAUAAGCAGUUAUACCUAGAAAAUCACGUCUUUAGACAAAAUUAUGAGACAAGGAGGAGAAAAAUCAGAAGGGGCCUGUUUGCUGAACUCCUUACUUCUUAAGAGUUUCCUCACUUCAUUGUCUCUCUCACUUGCUCCGGCACCCCUACUUUUCCUCAUUUCCGUAUUCCACUUUCUCUCUUUAGUCUUUGUUCAGCUGCCUCAUGUGCUUCUCCCAUUCCUGUGUCCCCUGCCUUCACUGGCCUUCAUUACCCUCACUGUGGGCUGCAGGGGACACUGGAAAGCAUUUGCUCUCAAGAUGCAAAGAGUGAGUGAUCAAAUUUUUAGAUUAGCCCCCAUACUUAAUUGGAUUUGGCUUUAAUAACGUCCUUUAUGGCAUGUUGCCCAUCAAGAACACGUACAUGGCAGCACAUAUAGUAAAAUUGGAACCGUACAGAGAAGGUUAGCAUGGCCUCUGCACAAGGAUGACACGCAAAUUCACGAAGUGUUCUAUAUUUUUAAAUAAAUGGAUACCUGUUUUCCACUGCUAAAAAAAGGGGGGGAUACCUGAGUCUAGAUUUUUUUUAAAUAAAUGAACUAGUGAAUAGAUGCACAAGGACAUAGCUUGAAAGUGCAGCUUGAAUGUUGACACCGGAUUGGCUUCAAGAUAGAAACCCUGCAGCUUUCCCAGCUUCCCAUUCUGCUGUCUGCUCAUUUUGGAACUGAUCUGCCCUCGGUGGGAUGGCCCUGUGGCUCUGCCCAGUAGUUGGCAGCUGGCUGGACACUGAGACUGGCACUAGUCUUGGUGCCUCCUUACAGGGUCAAGGGCUUUGAGCGAGAGGAAUAGAAGCCAGCAGUGCCCAAGCUGGUCCAGCACCUGCAGGCGGGCGGCACAGCUGGUUCCUGCUAGGAUGAGGAAUGCGCCUUUCAGAACAUCGCCUCCUCUCACCCUCUGAGUGCUCCCUCACAAGUCUUGCACUUUUUUUUUUUUAAAUCCUGGGGAACUCUCAGCCUUCCUUUUACAAAGCUUUUAGUGUUAUGAACUCAUGUUGUGCUAGAUAAUAGAGGUAAGGAAAUUAAUUUAGAAACCUUUUGCUAAAUUUGGAUCUCAGCUCUUUACAUCUCUUAUCCCUCUGGUGUCUGUCCAGAGGGUAAACCCUGGAGAAUCUGUUGCCCCUGGCAGAGUGAAAUUCUCACCGUCAAUGGGCGUACAGUGCUGGACAAUUUGAGAUGGCUGUGCAUUUAACAAUCUGAGAACCAUGCAUUUGUGGACUAGCCUCCAAAUAACACAGUGUGUGUGUGAGGGCAGGCAGGUCUGUGUGGGUGUGUAGCUGGCUUCCGACAUCCUGGCUCAGUGCCCUCACUGGAACAUGGUGCAUCCUUUAUACUCCAAGGUACACGGUGUAUACUCAGACUCCCACGGUACUUCUCUUCCUUCUACAGGACAUUGUAACAGAUAUACAGCAAAAUCUCAGCUAAACAGCAGAGUUUCUGGUUAGAAAAUUUAUCUUUAGGCAAAAACCUUAUUUAUUUUAUGUCUAAAAUAUACAAGACAGUGUUGGGCUGGUAGAUGCUUUACAGCCAGCCAUCCAAGUGGGAAACAGCCCUGGUUCAUGAAUUUCAGUGGUGUGAAGGCUCCCAGCCCGGCCUAUUUCACACUACUAAUGUGAUGGCAACUGACCUGAACCAAUGCCAGGAUGCUAGCCAGGUGCCAGCCCCUGCUUCGCACCACACCUGCUGCCGGCUCUGCCAGGCUUCUGGAAAAACCUUGUCUCAAACACAUAUAAUCACUACUGUUAGAGCUGUGCAAACCCAGGCCUUAGGCAGUUAGGCUGCACACCCCAGACAUUCCUCCUCCUACCACCGUCCUGAGGUUAACCUGCAUUUCUGUGCUUUUCUUCUUCCCCAUGGACAGGGAGUGUGGAAAACUGCAUAUCACUUUCUUUUUUUGCCUUUUUUCUUAUAAAAAAUGAAAAGACAAAAAUUAGCAUUAUCCCUCGUUCCCAUCAGCGCACCCAGAACCAUUCUGUUUCAUCUUAUUAAUAUGAAGCUAUGAAAUGGUAGAACACGCCAAUGUUUUCUCUGGCUGUAAACCUUCUGCUGUGGAAUUCUUCAGUUUUAUACUUAGGCAGAAUUGUCAUCACUGACAAUGCUAAACCCAAAGGACUUUGAAGGAAAAUUGUAGUACAGGGACUUGGGCAGCCAACAGCCAACGCAGAUUGUAAAAGUUUCUAGGCUUCCUACUAUUUAUUGAUGGAUAUAUUUAUUUUGUAAUAUAGUGUAGAAUAUCAAAUAUUUUAUUUUUAUGUUUGUGAUCCCACUUGCAUAGAAUAGGCUUUUGUGCGUCUCAUAGUACCUUUCCCCAGAGUAUGACUCACGUACAGUACAUGGCCUGUAUUUUCAUCUCUCUCUUUUGGCAUCAAAACAUACUGGCAUUUUAGGGAGUCUUGCUGUAAGCGUGCCAUAACUUUGUAUAUUUGCGUCUUGUAGUCCUGCUGUGAAUCCCUUAGUAUAUUUACUGGCUUGUAAAUAGUACCGUUUCAUCUGAAGUGUAGAUGUUCCAGAAAAAUAUUGAACUAAUAAACUGUCAUGUCAUUCCACAAGCUGACAUUGUCAUUUGAUCCUGAGAGGCAAAUGCUGUCCAGCUGUGAGGGAAUAGAAUUGCUACUCAACCAAUGACGUAUGAGUAGCUAACUGGAGCCCCUCCCCCCACUCCCACAUAGCAGGUGUUCCUCCUGAAUGUACCCACUGCCUUCAGAAAUCCAACUGGAUACAUCUAUUGUAAUUGGACCUCUUACUCUAUUAAUGUCAAAAAUGUUAAUUUAAUGAUUCCCAGAAAAGGCAGCCUUGUUGUGUAAACUCUUUCUGCAAGUAUAAUUUUUGGUCUGAGAAAUUAAGAGCUUUUCUCAGGGCCGUUGCUGUUUUAGUAUGCUUUAUAAUUUAUACUCUUUAAGUAAAAGAUAUGCUCACAUAAAUGGUUUUUAUGUUUUCCUUGUUACUCGGUCCAUCAGCCGACUCCAAGGCUCAGCAGUGGUGUGGCAAAUUUGGCAUGUAUCUGUAACACACAAGGGAUGUUGCUCUCUUUGAAGGAUUGUAGAUCUUUUCACAGUCACUGAGCCCUUUGCAGUUCUGUAUGCUCACGUGUGGUGAGAAAGGAAACGCCACUAUGAUUUUCUGCAUUUUCUGGUCUCCAAACAUGGACAUUUGACUUCACACAUUGUACAGUAGCAGCAAAAUAAAAAGAAAGUGUUUCUGCAUGUGGAACUGUAUCGGUCAGUUAAUAACCCCGUCAGGGAAUGACCACUUGUGCUCAGCGUGUCUCUCACACACGAGCACUGGUUUUGUGGCACCUGGCCUGUUGGCCGUGGGGAGGCGGAUGUGCAAGUGCCCACCAAGAAUCCCACGGCAGAGGUUACCUGCAAAUUGGCACAAGCACGUUCGUGUCCUUGGAUAAAACCUGCUCAUUGGCCACAUCCAAAUCCAUGUGGUAAUCGCUAGGCGGAACUGAAGACAGAUGCAAAUAUUUUACACCGUGUGCGUAAGCCAAAUGUGUACAUUCAGUCAUUUUGUUGAAUAAAAUGGGAAAAUUAUUUUGGUGAUAA